UUCCCAAUGUAAAAGCCCUAACUCAUCUCCAACACCCAUAACCUCCCUCUCUCUUUCUCCCCUCGACGGUACUCUUCCCUUUAAUUCAUGGUCGCCCUCUCUCUCUAUCGAGUUCAUCGUUCAAUUGGUGCCCAAAAUGCCAAUGACACAGCACUAGACUCGUUUCUUUCUACCUCACUUUCGCUUUUUAAAGAACCUAGGUUUAUUUUUCUGUAGGUCACUUCCAAAAGUCUUUAAUGCUCAAAAUCGACAUCGCUCUAUCAAAUUUCACCUAAGUACUCCAUUCUGCUCACUCACUUUGUUAAAAAUUUGAUAUCUACGUUGGUGAAAAAUGGCUGACGUUUUUGAAGAGGAAGCUGAGCCUACCGUUUCAAUCCAAGAGUACCUCACAGGUGUUGAGGAACAGGAGUUGGAAGCCGAUCUGGUUUUGGGCGGUGAUGAAGGCAAGGAAUGCACCUACACCAAGGGUUAUAUGAAGAGGCAGGCAAUUUUCUCGUGCUUGACAUGCUCACCGGAUGGGAAUGCUGGAGUUUGCACGGCCUGUAGCUUGUCUUGCCAUGAUGGCCAUGAGAUUGUGGAACUGUGGACCAAGAGGAAUUUCAGAUGUGAUUGUGGAAAUUCAAAGUUUGGAGAAUUCUUCUGCAAGCUUUUUCCAAACAAAGACACUGAAAAUGCAGAGAAUUCAUACAACCAAAAUUUCAAAGGUUCAUAUUGCACAUGUGGUCGCCCUUAUCCGGAUCCAGAUGUCGAGGAGCAGGUGGAGAUGAUCCAGUGCUGUAUAUGUGAGGACUGGUUUCAUGAGGAGCAUAUUGGUCUUGAACCUUCUGAUGAGGUUCCAAGAGAUGAUGAAGGGGAGCCUCUGUAUGAGGAUUUUAUCUGCCAGGUGUGUGCAGGAGUUUGUUCUUUCUUGAUUCUUUAUCCUAUGUCCAUUUGGGUAGCAGUUAAGAAGCACAAUGCUGUAAAUGUGACAAAAGACAAAGACGUGGUGGAAAUUGCACCUUCAGCCUGUGGAACCUCUCGGAAACUUGAGAAUGGAAGUUGCUCUUCUGACUCUCCCAAAGUAGACUCUACUGCAAGUGCUAAUUUUGAAAAUGUGUCUGCUGUUGGAGAAAAUUCUGACAAGAAUGCCGAUUCAAAUCAAUGCAUACAAGGUACUGGUCCAAGCACAGAAUGUGUUAUUGGAGUUGAUCUGGUUGCUGCUCCGUGUAACCUAGACAAAAGUAAACCAAUGUUUCUUUCUAAAAACUGGAGAGACCUGCUGUGCACAUGUGAAAAAUGUGCAGAAUUCUACAAACACAAGGGAAUUGGUUUCUUGCUCGACAAGGAGGACUCAAUUGUAGAGUAUGAGAAAAUGGCAAAGCAAAAGAGGGAUGAAAAGUUGCAGCAACAAGAAGGUGUCGAGUUAACUCUUCUCAAUAAUCUUGGUCAUGUACAGAAAAUGGAGAUUUUGAGUGGCAUUGCUGACAUGAAAAAUGAGAUUCAUUCUUUCCUGGAAUCCUUUGACUCAUCAAAGCCAAUCACAUCAGAUGAUGUCCACCAGGUUUUCGAGAAUCUUGCCAAGAAACGGCGACGCACGCCUUAAGUUAUUUUCUGAAUGUCUGUAGCAGUUAUUUUGCACUUGCUGAGUGUACUUUCCCGUAGUAAUUUUGAAGCUGCUCGAAGUUCAGAAAUAUCCAGUUCAUAUACGUAGUUGACUGUUUUCUGUAUGAGAAGGAAUUAACUUAAGACUCCUUACAAGUAUGGACCAUUUUAACUUCUAGACAUAUGUAACUAUUGACUAAGAAACUUCUGGUACCUUUAUGAUUAUGCUGCUGGCUGUGCGAUAUUUAGUGAGCCCUACGUAACCUUGUGAUCAGUUUGAUGUUUUUGUUUCAUGUCCAUGGAGAUGGGUCUGAAUCUUCCUGAAUACUGAAGCAGUCCUGUUCUAUAAUGAGGCAAUUUUGACCUGUUUGUGUGACAGUUGC